AUGGGGAGGCAGGGGUUAAAGGGCCGAGAGCGUUAUGUGAAAGCUCUGGAAGAGCUGAAUAAAUACAACCCCAAAUACAUGGAGGACAUGGAACAAGUGUUUGAUACCUGCCAGGACUUUGAGAGGAAGCGACUCCGAUUCUUCAAGGACAUCCUGUUGGACUUCCACAAGCACCUCGACCUCUCCAACUGUGACAGUUUCCACACCAUUUAUCGAGACCUGUACCAGAGCAUCACAGCAGCCAAUGAGCAGGAAGAUUUACGCUGGUGGCAGAACACACACGGGCCUGGAAUGGAUAUGAGCUGGCCACAGUUUGAGGUGAGUGUCUGACCGAUGCUGCUGUGGUU